UCUGAGGUUAAGAUAAGUAUAGUGUGACCCUACGGCAUCUCAGCGGAACGCGAAAACGAACAACAGCAAACAGCAGCAAUGGCGGCAUGCAUCAAGCUGAGAAAACUUGAACAUAUUCUUGAGAUGAUAGACGACUUCGGUUAUCCGAAGAUAAAUUUGGAGCAAUAUUCGACUCCGUCUCACAUCGCCGCUCAAGCACUGUAUUCGAUUCAAACUAAAUUUGGGGAUAUGCAAGGCAAGGAUGUGCUGGACCUGGGAUGUGGCCCUGGAAUACUUUCUAUCGGUGCGGCUCUGCUCGGUGCUAAGCAUGUACUGGGCGUUGACAUCGAUAGUAACGCACUAGAGAUCUUCGAAUGCAACUGUGAAGGUAUCGAGCUGGAUAACAUCAGCUCCCUGGAAGCGGAUGUGUUGAAGCUGCCUGAAAAUCUUCCCAAGCACUCCUUCGACACAGUAAUACUCAACCCGCCCUUCGGUACCAAGCAGAACAACGGCAUUGACGUCGCUUUUCUCAAAGUUGCCACCGAAAUGUCGCGUGGAGCUAUCUACUCGAUGCACAAAACGACGACAAGACAAUACAUCAAGAAGAAAGGCAAGGAAUGGAAGGUGCCAGGGCUGGUACUCGCGCAGCUGCGCUUCAAUCUUCCCAAGAUUUACCAUUUCCAUAGAGCAGAAUCAAAAGACAUUGCGGUAGAUUUAUGGCGCUUCGAAGUUCCGAAGCAGGAUUAGGUUAUUGCUUCAACAGAAAAGAAAACGUCAAUAUGGUUACUUAACCAACGCUACAGCUGCGUAGCUAUCUUGGUCAGCAGUAGCAGACUCUUGAAUCGUUCGUGACUGUCACACUAUCCCUUUUUCCGGCCUUUUUUGUCGUGAUCACCAACACCGAGGUUGUAAUGGAAGCAGGACUAACCGGUUCCCUGGCGCAAGCCAUUGCAAUACGUUAGUUCUUGACUCCCCGAGUACGUCACUCCGAACGUAGCAUUUUUAUAUCAGCAUUUUAACGUCAUAUUUGGCAACGUCCGGCCAUGGCAGCUCAACCAGACCAGGGAAGAAAAAAAAUGGUAAAAAGUGGUUUAGAUAACUUUAGCAGUAGAUCAAAAUUGGGAAGCAGUUGUAACGGUGAAUACAUAAGCUGGUAGACCGACACCGUGCACCGUGACACUAGCGGAUUUUAAGGACUUAAGGUUCAGAAGGCCAAUUCCUUCGCGUGGCCGAACCCGAGUUCCGCGCGUCAACAGUACACAUACAAAUUUAUGGCCCUUUCACAAACCAUUGCAACAAAUUUACCGAGGUGGAUUUAAAAAGCGACAGUAUGUUUGCCAAAAAAACGCGCAUUAGAUUCCAUAAAAUACGAAUGUACGCAAUUUUCAAGGAAUUUGCCAUUUUUUACGUCAAAAUAGUUUACCAAGACUCGUCCGUUCUAUGAAUGUAUUGUAUUAGACGUCCGGUAUGAUAUUUGUUGGCUCGUUCACAUCCUUCGAAAACGUGUAGUGUAACUAGGAAUCCGUUUGGCGUUUUCUAUUUCUCUUUAUUUGUUUGCUCUCAGUUUGUAUACUAUAGUUACGCGUAAGCUGCUAUCGGGCAUGUGCCUUCGAUAUGAAAUAAAAAUAAUAUCUAAUACACACAAA